AUGGCCAAAAUGGAGGUCGACGAUGUCGUCGACUUAAGUUUAAGUUCAGGGCGCGAUCCGGCAUUAACCAUAACGCCAACCACAGCGCUCAGCAAUCGCGACUUGCGUGCGCUGACAGCGAAUAAUGCGGGCUUGACAAUAACGCCAGCACCGGCGCCAAGCAGCUCCAACUCCAAUGCCUCAUCUUCCUCCACCAACAGCAACAACAACAGCCCAACUUCAGCUGCUGCUGAUGCAACAACAGCAGCAGCAACAGCAGCAAUAACAACAACAGGCAAUGGCAGCAGCAAUAGCAUAACAGCAACCACAAAUAAUAUAAAUAGCAACAACAACAACAACAGUGAGAACGCAAUAGCGGGAGCAGCGUCAGUUGGCAUAGGAGGUGCAAGCAGUGGGCAGGAGGAGGGUAAGGUGCAACGCCGUGUGCUGCGUCCUCGCACCGAGCCCAAGUCAUAUGCCGAGGCGCCGGAUAUUGUGCUGCUGCCGGCGCGCACCAAUGGACGCCAGCAGAAUGGCAACAUUGAUUCGGAAACGGAUGACGAGGAGAUGCCGCCCUAUGUGCCCAUCAAGGAGCUCAGCCAUGCAGAGCUCAAGGAGCGUGAGAAGAGUUUGCGCAAAUUGCGUCAGGAUCUGCGCAAUGAGGAGACCAAGCUGAUGCUGCUGAAGAAGCUCAAGCAAUCGCAGCAGGUGAUGAAAGAGAAUCUGGUGGUGACACCGACGAGUGUCUCGCCCAAUAAUCCGCUGGCGGCAAUACCAAGUGCGCUCACCGCCAAGGGAUCGCUGAGUGUGACGCCCACCACAGCGCUGCCGAUGCCUGCCCAUAGCAAGGGGCGUGGUCCCACUGCAGCUGUUAGCUUUAGCGCCAGCAACAGUCGAUCGAGCAAUUUAAGCAGCGCCGUGGCCGCCGCAGCCGCAGCCGCUGCACUGAGUUCAAGCUCACAGCGUGGUGGCAGCUCCUCGUUACUCCCGCCAUUUAGAUCAUCGCUGGGUGCGGGCGCCACACUGGCUGCCGGCACCACCAUUACACCCGCCACCUCCGCCUCGCACCGGUCGAGCGUACUGCCGCCGCGCACAAAUCUGCCGAAUCUCACCAUAACGCCGUCGGUGACCAUAACGCCGACGUCGGCGCCGCCUUCCAGUCUGAAAGCACGCAAUCCUAAUCUUUCGGAUAAUUCGAAGGUACCUGGGACCAUAAGCAAUUCAGUUUCCAUAACGCCGGCGCCGCCGCUGCAGCAACAACAUCAGAAUCAGCUAAAUGAGCUCAAGAAUGAACGCUCGACGUCACGCGAGGAUUCGCAGACGCCAGCGCAGCGUCAAGCGGCUGCCAAAAUGGCAUUGCGCAAGCAGCUGGAGAAGACCUUGCUGCAGAUACCGCCACCAAAGCCACCACCGCCAGAGAUGCACUUUAUACCCAAUCCAAGCAAUACGGACUUCGUCUAUCUGCUUGGUCUAGAGACUGUUGUGGAUUAUCUAACGGUAAACAAGAAGGCCAAUGCUGUGGCAGCGCCCUUCCGUUGUGCACAAUGUAAAAUUGAUUUUACACCCGUUUGGAAAUGGGAAAAGCAAAACAAUAAGGAGGCCAAGGUUAUAUGCGAGCAGUGUGUGACCUCGAACGUGAAGAAGGCUCUGAAGGCGGAGCAUACCAAUCGACUGAAGCAGGCAUUUGUUAAGGCGCUGCAGCAGGAACAGGAGAUUGAGCAGCGUCUAGCCAGCCAGAGUAGUCCCUCACCCGUCGACACCAUCAGCAGCAGUGGCAGCAGCAACAACCAUGUGCAAAGUCUUGCCGCCAGCGUGAGCAACUCGCAUCAGCGUGAGCGUGAACAGCUGCAGGCGACGCAUGCCUCGGCCGCAGCAGCUUUGGUCAAUUUGCCGUCCUCUGUGACGGUUAUACCAACCAAAUGCCAGACACCAACGCCAGCGCCGCGUCCCACACCGCCGCCAGCGAUGCCAACAGCACAAAACCAAGCUACACCGCCGCCAUCGAGCACGCCGCGUUCCUCGCGUGCCGCCGCCACUGCCGCUGCGGCCGCAAUUGCUGCCCAGCAAGCGGGCAUACUCAGUCCCGGACCCGCUGCAGCGCAUCAUCAUGAGUCUACCACCUCGGCGGUGCGUUCCUCGCGCGCCGAGCGUGAUCAUCAUCAUCAUCAGCAGCAACAGCAGCAGCAACAACAGCAGCGCGAGCAACAACGCGAACAGCAACAACAACAAGCUCAAAGCUAUGACAAAUAUUCGGCAGCUACGCUGGCAGCGGCAGCACAGCUAAGCGCUCUAGGCGGCAUAGGCGGACUGAAUAUCAACAAUCUAGCCAGCCUGGGCAACCUCAGUCAGCUCAGCAAUCUGGCUGCCCUGGGACUAGGCAACUUUGGCGGCGCCGGCAAUGCAGCCAAUAAUCCAGCUGCCGCACUGGGCAAUGCCUCGCCAGCGGCAGCUAUGCAGGCGUUCCAGCAACAGCUCUUUAGAGCUCUGGGCCAAGGACUGGGAAAUCCGCAGCAAAUGAUGCAAUUUGCGCCGCUGCUUUACUCCUAUCAAAUGGCCAUGGCGCAGGCAGCACAAGUGGCAGCCUUCAAUAACAAUAACAAGAAGAGCAGCUCAUCUAGCAGUGCAUCGAAGAACUCCAGCAAUGCCACCAGCAUGGAUAUACAGCGUGCGGCGGAGUUGCAGCGUCAGUAUCUGCUUGAAAUGAUACCGCCGCAGCAGCAGAGCGGUCCCAGCGGCAGUCGUCAGAACAAUUGGAAGGCCUAA